UGAUCUGUUGCCAUAACCUUUAGCCAAAUGCUGAGACAUUUAGAAGGAUGAUAAUUUUGAGUGUGAAAAUGAAAGAUUUUGAUGGUGCAUAUGCGAUGCUGAAUGAUUCAAGGAAAAUGAACGUUAAACUUGUAGCUGGCAUGUAUAAUACUAUAAUGGCAGGAUAUUUUCGAGAGAAGAAAAUUUCUGAUGGGUUGAGGGUUCUCAAGCAAAUGGAACUUGACAGUGUAAAACCAGAUCCCCAAACUUACAGCUAUCUAAUAGCCCAUUGUGACUGUGAAGAGGAUAUUAUCAAGUAUUAUGAAGAACUGAAGUGUUCUGGGAUUACAGUAACGAAGCACAUAUUUAUGUCACUUAUUAGUGCAUAUGCAGCUUGUGGACAGUUUGAGAAAGCAAAACAGGCUCUGGGUUUCGAGCGAACCCAGGCUCUGGGUUUCGAGCGAACCCAGGCAACCUGGGUUUCGAUCAAACCCAAGCUCUGGGUUCGUUCGAAACCCAGGCAGCCUGGGUUCAAGAUGCCUUCUCCCCCUUUCUUCCCUAAACCCAUUCGAGCCUUCUUCAUCAUCAUCAACCAACCAAAUCCACAGAAAAAAAAAAAAAAGAGAAUUUUUCUCCUGGGUUCGUUUGAAACCCAGAGCCGAACCCAGGCUCUGGGUUUCGAACGAACCCAGAGCCUUGCCUGGGUUUCGAUCAAACCCAAGCUCUGGGUUCAAGAUGCCUAGGAAACCCAAGCUGCCUGGGUUUCGAUCGAACCCAGAGCCUUGCCUGGGUUUCGAUCAAACCCAAGCUCUGGAGAAAUCCUCCAGGCAUUUUUUCUAGUAUUCUUCCUGUUAGGUCUAGCUCUUUAUUUUUGUAUUUCUGUUGAUGCUGCUUUUUCUCACCCUCCCUUUCUCACUAAAACGUACGUUUUUGA